CUGCAGCCCGGCCCUGCCCGCACAGAGCCGUUCAACGUGUACAUUGAAGCCAUAACCUAAGCCCUGACUUUUAAGUUUUACGGGAGAAGCUGGGAAUCCUUUCCAGGCAAGAGGGGAAGUGAGACAGACAUUGCCAAAAAAAAUGCGAAAACUGCAAUUUCAUCCAUGCUCCAUAUUUUGAAAGUGACGUCAUAGUGCCUCUGAUUGGCUGGUGUGCCUGGGCUUAUGGAAGCAUUCUGUGAGCACCAAGGCAACUGGAAGGGGUUUCUGCUGCUCCUGGGAAGGAUCUCAGGCUUAGGCCAUCUAGUUAACCUUUUGCUACCUACACAGAGUGCCUGUUGGGGAUUAUGGUACCAAAUUGUUAUUUUAGAAGUUAGGUUUGUGACGUGAGCAGAUUAGAUGGCCGUGCCAAAAUUCAUUAACUCCUAAUUAAAUUUCAUCCUAGGCCCAGCCCAAGUUUGGAGGGGACAGUGAAUUCCAUGGUACUGUCUGGGUUUGUGGCACUGGGUCAAGAAUUACAGAGUCAAAAUGGUACAUGAAGUUUGUUCAAAAUUAUCUAAUUCUUCCUCAUGUUAAAGAUAAUAGCAUUGAAAAUAAGACAGUCACUAGGUUUGUUAAUAGCAGAGCCUAGCAUGGACCAGAAGACUGCAGGUCCACUGUAUUUAAGUCAACACAAGGUUCUUGGAGAAGUGAUUUUUGAGAAACUGCAAUUUAGGGAGAAGAAACAUCUUAUUUUUGAGAGCUUUGGAGACUUUCUAAACUUGUGGGGUUUAUAGUGGUAACAGGAAAAAUUGUUAUGACUUGAAUUUCAACACUUUUCCAUAUCAAUAAAUAUUUCUCGUCACCAUCUUAUGUAAUACCAACACAAUGUUCCAUACUUUGGGUAUAUAUUGUACACCUUGCUGCCUGGGGGAAGGAUCUCAGCCUUAUGGCAUCUAGUUACCUUUUGCUACUAGUCUAGUAUUGGAACUUUACGUUUUCAAUUCUUUUGUGGUAUUUAGUGAACAGACAUAAUUUUCAAAGCAGUCAAUAGGAAAGAAAUGUUUAAAUUCACGCACAAAUGUCCCAAGGUCAUCAAGAUUUUUUCAGGGUCACCGGUGGAUAGGUGAUUCCUGGAGCUGCAAGAUUAAGUCUCAUGACUUCUGUCUUUCAACUUCCUCUAUUCUGGCUUCAUAGUUUCUAUCCUUUCCCAGGAGCAGCAGAAAAUGAACAAGUUCAAGGGACCAGUAACACUCAAAGAUGUCACUGUGGAAUUCACCAAGGAGGAGUGGCAAUUACUGGACGCUGCUCAGAGGACCCUGUACAGGGAGGUGAUGCAGGAGAACUACCGCCACCUGGUCUCAGUGGGUUAUUUUGCAAAUAAGCCAAAUGCAGUCUUGAGGCUGAAGCAAGGAAAGGAGCCGUGGAUAUUAGAAGUAGAAUUUGUCCAUCGGAAUGGCCCUGACCCACGGAAUAUUCGUGACCCAGGAGCAAGACACCAGAAAAGCCAAGCUGAAAAUUCAAGGACUGGACAACUCACAAGUCAGCAAACUCAUACCAAAGCAAAAACCUAUACAUGCAAUGAAUGUGGGAAGUCCUUCUGCCAGGAGUCUACCCUUAUAGGACAUCAGAAGACUCACUCGAAGGACAAACCUGGUGAAGGUGGGAAAUCUGUCCCUAAGAAUACAGACCUCACAAGACAUCAGAAGACUCACAAUAGAGAGAAAACCUAUGAAUGUCAAGAAUGUAAGAAAACUUUUUACCACCUGUCAUCCCUCAGUAGACACUUGAGAACUCACGCAGGGGAGAAACCGUACGAAUGUGGUGAGUGUGGGAAGUCCUUCUACCAGAAGCCACACCUCACGGAACAUCAGAAAACACACACAGGAGAGAAACCCUUUGAAUGUGCUGAAUGUGGGAAGUUCUUCUACGUUAAGGCAUACCUAAUGGUACAUCAGAAGACACACACGGGGGAGAAACCCUUUGAAUGUAAGGAAUGUGGGAAAUACUUUUCCCAGAAAUCACACCUUACAGUACAUCAAAGAACACAUACAGGGGAAAAACCCUAUAAGUGUAAGGAAUGUGGGAAAUUCUUCUCUAGAAACACACACCUCAAAACUCAUCAGAGAACUCACACUGGGGAGAAACCCUAUGAAUGUAGUGAAUGUGGGAAAUGCUUCUACCAGAAGUCAGCCCUCACCGUACAUCAGCGAACCCACACAGGAGAGAAACCCUUUGAAUGUAAUAAAUGUGGAAAACACUUUUACUAUAAAUCAGACCUCACUAAACAUCAAAGAAAACACACAGGGGAGAAGCCCUAUGAAUGUACGGAAUGUGGUAAAUCUUUCUCUGUGAAUUCAGUCCUGAGGUUACAUCAGAGAACUCACACUGGGGAGAAACCUUAUGAAUGUAAGGAGUGUGGGAAGUUAUUCUCUCAGAAGUCACAUUUUAUUAUACACCAGAGAAAACACACAGGGGAGAAGCCCUAUGAAUGUCAAGAUUGUAAGAAAACUUUUAUCCAGAAAUCAGAACUCACUGCACAUCAGAAGACACACAGAGCAAAAAAGAGCUAAUAAAUUACUAUAAAUUGGGAAAUUCUGCCUGAAUGCAUUCUUCAGAACAAUUAGAUAAUUUACAUAAGGCAAAACCCUUAUGCAUAUCAUCAAUAUGGGAAAAUUUAGCCACAGUCUUUCUUCACAGAGAAGAAAUACACAGAGAAAUUCUAUAAGGGCAAGAAUUUUACCAUAUGUCAGACUUUUCUGAAUAUCAGACAGCAUAGAUGGCAGAGACACUACAAAUCUUAAAACAUGAAGAAACCCUUGAGAAGUCAUACUUUUAUUGUACAAUAUAGAAAUCACACAGGAGAGAAGCCCUGUAAGUGAAUGAAGGCCAGGAAAUUUCCUGCCAGGGCAGCCAUCACUAGAUAGCCAAAGGCUCACAUGCGUGAGAAACUCCUGUCGGUAUCCUGAGCAUUCAGAAGCCUUUUCACACUAGUUAGAACACUCGGGGGUACCUGCGAAGACUGGGACAGAUACAGGAGCCUCUGUCGGAGGGAUGUCUUAGCAAAGGUCAGAUGGUCGACACUGAGAGCCUUGAAAUAUAUGAAAGCUUUCAAAAGAAAAUUCAGAGAAUCUGUAAUGCGGGAAGUAGUUAUACUAGAAGUCAUGUUAGAGAUCUCAUUGUAAGGUGGUUGUUUGUUUUUAGAAAGCUACAAAUGUCUAGACAUAGGAGGCUUUUGAAAAGUACAGAUGAAUAAUCCAGCAACAUGAUUAAGCAGGUGGAGAGUCCUGUAGUAUGUAGUAUGUAGAGUGUGCGUGUGAGUGUGAGUGUGAGUGCGCUAUGAAACAUGGACUGUGGAUGUCUGAUGUGCCUGUGGAGUCCAUAACUGUACAUAGGGAAAUACAUAACAUUAGUUCAAUAGCUUUAUGUACAUGAAGAUAAUCCACAUUAAGUUCCAGCAGUGAUUCCUAUUAAUGUGUAUUUAAGUACAAUAAUUUUUUAAAAUUGUAACAUCAUUUUCUCCUGUUUCCUGUUAUUUUUAAAUGGUUAUGUAUAUUGUUACUGAACUAAUCGUUCAGAAAGAAGUUAAAAAUGUUUUUGUAAAAUU